AUGGCCCCUUCUGGAAGGACAACAACUGCAGCAACAUCAACUAGGACAGCCUCAAAGACAAACACCACCACCACAACAUCAACAACAAGGAGAACAAGACAACAAAGAAGAACAACAGCACAGUUCAAGAAGAAGCAGCAGCACACAAAGAGCAACAAGAACCACAAGACUGAUCUUGUUCCCACUGUUUUGCCCUCCAGCUGCUCCUCCAUAACCUCACAAGACUCCUCAAAGGAAGCGGACAUGCAAGGUUCUGAGGUAAUUGAUGUGACCCUAAGUCCAUGUUCCACACCAAAGGGUCAGAAGUUUAGGAUUCCUGAGAUUUCAACAUGCCCCCCAGCACCAAAGAAGCCAAGGGUUCUCUCCAAUUGCUCUUUGCGUAGGUCUCCACUUUCAUUCUUUGCACCACCUGACUUGGAGCACUUCUUCUUAGUGGCACUUCGAGAUGUCCCGGUUUGA